AUGUCCCGCAACGCUGACUCUGCCCACCGUCGUUCUUCUUCGGCUGUUUCUUCGGUCGAUGAGGCUGUCUCCAACGAUGGCACUGUAACCGAGUCCCCAGCAUCUGCCAGCACUGUCCCUACUGCCAGAUUGACUCCUUUCAUCGUGNCCAAUCUGCGCGAGCCUCUCCGUGCUGAUGGUGUUGACAUGAACGAACUUCACGCCAUGGAGGCCGACAUGAUGUUUGCCGAAUACUACUACCAUUUCGACCCAGCUGACGGUCCAUUCCCUCCCUCCAAUACUGCUGCCGCCAUCCGAGCCGCCGGCUUCGAGUGCGAAGACGCUCGCUUGGAAGAGUAUCAGUACAGUCAUCUGCCUGACGAAGAGAGCGACAACGAGGAAAACAACGAACGUAUCAUGGCUACUUACGACAUACCUCUCGUGCCUCUCAUGCCUCGCUAUCCAGGCUCCAUGUCCAAUCAUGACUUCAUGGCUGCAACCUUUGACAGACCUUUUCGUCCAGGCACCUUUGCAGGCAUGGCCAUCCGCAACGCCAACCAACCCGUGUUGGCUCCUCCCAUCAUGCGCACUGGCCCUCGAUUCUCUGCCGCUACCAUCGCUGAGAUGAGGAGCAACGCCCAUGCCAGGGCCGCUUCUUCUUCGCCUACUAUCCCACCAAACAACACGGACGACAGCAUCGCAGCUUUGGUUCGUACCAUCCAGGACCGACCUGCCUCUGCCUCUGCUGUUGCCCUGUCUCGUGAGGNNGUUGGAGAAGGCUCGUCGGCAGCUGACACUGAUGUCGCUGCGGAGUCGCCCAUCUUCCCAGCCAAUUGGGUCACCCACACGACCACUUCAGAGAUGCUCUCUCUGCCGCAGCCUGCUACACCCAGAAGAACCUUGCGCAGACACAAUGUCCACUACACCACCUCACCGGUCCCCAACCAGUACACAGAGGAGGAUGGUGAUGAUGCUUAA